CACGGCCUCAGUUUCGGAGAUUGUAAAAUCUGUUGACAGUGCUGUACAAAAAGUCAUGUUGGGUUUUUCCACAUGACAGUUAAAGGAGUGAAAUAACAAUGAGUCAGUCAGGAGGUAAAAGAGGAGGAGGUGCCAAAGGAAAUAAUGGAAAGCAACCCAAUUUACAAGGAGGUGCAAAAGGACCCAAAAUGAAUCAAGGUCCAGGAAAACCUCAGGGAAAGCAAGCAAAAAAGCAAGGAGUCCCAAGAGGACCAAAUACAAAUCAGCAACCCGGAGGUCCAAGAGGUCCUAACCCAAACCAGUUUCUAGAACAGAGUUGUGGAACCCAACAAACUUUUCAAAAAGGACCACAACCAAAUUGCUUUCAAGGACAACCUAGGGGAAAACAAGGGGGUCAACGAGGACCAAAUCCAAACCAGUUUCCUGGACAUCCUCAAGAAAACCAACAAGGAGGUCCACGUAGACCAAAUCCAAACCAGUUGCCUGGACAACCUCAAGGAAACCAACAAGGAGGUCCAAGAAGACCAAAUCCAAACCAGUUUCCUGGACAACUUCAAGGAAACCAGCAAGGAGGUCCACGUAGGCCAAAUCCUAACCAGUUGCCUGGACAACCUCGAGGAAACCAGCAAGGAGGUCCAAGAAGACCAAAUCCAAACCUGUUUCCUGGACAACCUCAAGGAAACCAACAAGGAGGUCCAAGAAGACCAAAUCCAAACCAGUUUCCUGGACAACCUCAAGGAAACCAACAAGGAGGUCCAAGAAGACCAAAUCCAAACCAGUUUCCUGGACAACCUCAAGGAAACCAACAAGGAGGUCCAAGAAGACCAAAUUCAAAUCAGUUUCCUGGACAACCUCAAGGAAACCAACAAGGAGGUCCAAGAAGACCAAAUCCAAACCAGUUUCCUGGACAAACUCAAGGAAACCAACAAGGAGGUCCAAGAAGACCAAAUCCAAACCAGUUUCCUGGACAACCUCAAGGAAACCAGCAAGGAGGUCCAAGAAGACCAAAUCCAAACCAGUUUCCUAGACAACCUCAAGGAAACCAACAAGGAGGUCCACGUAGGCCAAAUCCUAAUCAAUUUCCUGGACAAACUCAAGGAAACCAGCAAGGAGGUCCAUGUAGACCAAAUCCUAAUCAAUUUCCUGGACAACCUCAUGGAAACCAACAAGGAGGUCCACAAAGACCAAAUCCAAACCAGUUGCCUGGACAACCUGAAGGAAAAAAACAAGGAGGCAAAAAAAGACCAAUUCCAAACCUGAGUACUGGGAUACCUCAAGGAAACCAACAAGGUGAUGCACAAAGAUUGAUUCCAAACCAGUUUCUACAAAAACUUCAGGGAAACCAAUCAGAAGGUCCUAUUGGAAAGAGACGUCCAAGAACAUCUGAUAGAAAGAACCCCAAUAUGCAAAGGAGUAUAAAUGAACUUACUCAAAAACUGAUUAGAGGGCAGUUUCAAGGAAAUCAGUCUAAUUUGAAUCAGUUUCCUGGUUUUAUGCAGCAACCAUGCAACUUAACAACACAGCAAACUCUACCAAAGUGCCAUAUUCAACAGUCAAAAAAAGUACAGCCACAAGUUCAAGUAAAAUAUGUGUAUGUGCCAGUUCCUGUUACUCAGUUGACUCAGACUCCACCUCCUCAAGAGUCACAGCCUCAAGUUUUGUUGCCUGGCUCUGUAUCACAGACAGGAAUCAAUAUACAAAAAGGUGAAGGUCAGCAAGAUAGUGAAAAUAAAAGAUCUCAAGAUAGACUAAGAAGGCGACUCAGAAAAGAUCGUAGACGUGGUGAAUGCAAAGAUAAAGUUGGUCAACAGAUACAUCAACAUGAUGAUGAGGACCAAAAUGGAAAAAUACCUGACGUGGAUGAAAAUGAAGUAUUUAAAUUCAUGAUCAAAACUUUUGGUGGAGGCUGUAGUUUUGAACACUUUUUACAACAGUGUGACCUUUUUCCUUCAAACUCCAAUAUUGUGCUGUGGUUCAGAAAACACAAAAGAAGAUUUCAUAUUUUCUGGGAUAAAAAAGAUAUUGUUUAUCUUCAACCAUUUUAUAGAGAUGCUAAAAUUUGCGCCCAGUGGAAUAGCAAGAAAAAUCCCGGAGAAUGUCAAAAUGCUCAUUGGGAUUUUUUCCACAUCUGUCGUCGCUUCAUUAGAGGCAAUUGUAAAGAUAAAGAUUGUCCACUGUCUCAUAGUUUUAGAGGUCCUCACAAUUAUCGUUUGAAAAAUAAACUUGGAAUUGUCAAUUUUAGCGAUGAUGAAAUGAAAAUUGUUCUCAAUUGCAAUUCACCAUCAGUUUGUGCAGAUUAUAUUUACAACAAUGGUUGUAAGGUCGACAACCCAGAGAGAAGAUGUCCUCAUUUACACUUAUGUCGGCAGAAAAUAUUCGGAAAAUGUCCAGAUCCUUGCAAAUUUAAUAGAACCCACACUUUUAAUCAGUUCCACAAUAAAUGGGUUCUUACAUCUUGUCAUAUGAAAGGAUGGCCUCCUGCUAAAGUCCUCAAGGCUAUAUAUGUACCUCCUAGAGAAAAGAAAGAGAAUGAUAGUUAUUCAGAUGAUUCUGACCUCAGUCAUGAUGAAGACGACCUUCAUGACCUUGAAGAGUCUAGCGUUUUCGAUUAUGACAGUGACGUCUAUGUCAGCAAUGAAAGUCUUUCUAGUUCUGCAUCAGGUCCUGCAAAAAAUAAAAUGGUACAUUCAGUUGAAAACCUUAGUAUUGAAGAUACAAGGUCAAAGCAUGGUCGUAAAGAAAGGUUUAGAUCACUGGAAAAUAUCACUUGUGGAAUUGUGGGUAAAGAUGAUCAAGAUUUAACAGAAAUGGUUGAAUCAGACAGUAGUUUUGAUUAUGAUGAAAAAGAUGAUUAUGGUGAUGGUAAAGUUGAUGAUGAAUAUGGUGAUAAUAAAGUUGAUACAAAUGAUUUUUGUGAUGGUAAUGUUAAUGAUGAUGAUUAUCAUGAUUAUGGUGAUGGUAAUAAUGAUUAUUAUGGUGAGGAUUAUGAUGAUAAUGGUGAUGGUAAUGAUGAGGAUGGUUAUGGUGAUGGUAAUGGUAAUGAUGAAAAUGAUUAUGGUGAUGGUAAUGUUGAGGAUGAUUAUGGUGAUAAGAAUGUUGAAAAUGACCCUGGAGAGAAAGAGGUGAUUCUGACAGAAGACCAGACCCAGGUUCAUCAAGGAAAUGGUGAUGGUAAUGAGUUAGAUGAUGGUGAUGAUUAUGAUGAUUAUCAAGAUAACUAUGAUGGCAAUGAUUAUGGUGAUAAUGAUUAUAAUUAUGAUGUCAAUGAGGGUGGAGAUUAUGAUCAUGAGUAUGGUGAUUAUGAUUAUGAAAAUGAUGCUGAGGAUAAUGAUAAUGAAUUUGGUGAAGAUAAUGACCCUAAUUAUGAGAAUGGUGAUGGAGAUGAUAAAAAAUUAUCUGAGGAAGAAAAGUUAACUAUAGAAAACAGCGAGCAAGAUCAGCCAGACUGGGAUGAGGACAAUAUCAAAAACAAUCAACAGCAAAGUAAUGAAGAUGUUGAUAACAUCAGAGAAGAAGAAGAAGAAAUCCUGGAAAACUGGAAAGGGGAGAAACAGGGAAUUGACAAAAACUCAAAAGAUAUGCAUCAAAAUUUAUUUGAUGAUGACGACAUUAAGGAGAAAGAGAGAAUUCAGAUGGAAAAUUGGAAAAAAGAACAGCAACAAAAGCAUGAUGAUGACAAUAUUAUUGAAAGAGAGAGAUUACUAAUGGAACAGUGGAAUCAGCAACAGGGAAGAAAUUAUAUACCACAACAGGUAGAUGUGAAAAUAGAUCCAGCACCAUCCCCAUCUGAUCCAGAUUAUCAGGAAACUGAUUCUUCUUUAUUGAAAGAUGAAACAGAAAAUACCAAAAUCUGUGUAUUUGUGUCAAAAGCUAAAUGUACACUUUCAUCCUGUAAAAGACAUCACCUGCAAUGUGGCUUGCCAUUCUUGUGGCAGAUUAAGAUAUCUGAGAAAUGGUUUUCUUUUUCAUUGGUGGAAAAUGAAAAAAUAGAAAAAUCUUUCUGUGAUCUGCAAGAUGUUGCACCAACAGAAAUGAAAUAUGAAGACAACAUAUACAACUGUCAUAUUUGGUUCCAAAAGAUGCAUGCAGUCAUUUUAGAUGUUAAUGGUCAUCCACCAGCUGAUGAUGACCAGUGGUCAACCGUCAGACGUCUUAGUACUCCAUCCUUCGCUGAGAAGAAAACAACUGUCAACAGCUAUCUAACACAAUGGAGAUGGUAUUGGAAAGAUGAUGGUGAAAAAUGGAUUAUGUUCAAUAAGGAUAUAUUCUUGUUCACACUUGAGAGGAAAUAUCAAACAAAGCAGAAGAGCUAUUUGUUUUCCAAGGAGAAUAAUUUCUUGAUGUACAAAAUAGACUUUAUAAAAAUGGUACAGAUUAAUCUUGAAACAGAUAAAGUUAGAGAAAUUAUCAGACGUCCUUUGUUUGUUUCCAAAGAUGAUGUAUUGCAAGAAAAAUUUUUAGACAGUAUACCGUUCCCAUCUGCUAUUAGUACACCAAAGCCAGCACAUUUCUACAACUGGGACUGUUCCCAUGACUUUGAACCAGUAGAGCUUGAUAAGACAGGGAAGGAGUACAAAGAUGUCUUCAAGUCAUUACUAGAUUCUAUGGACCCUUCAAAAUUUGAUUUCAAAUUUAUUUAUAGAAUUCAGAACAGGAAAAUUUGGAGUGAAUAUGACAUAAAGAAAAAGCUUAUGUUAGCUGAUGCUGAACAAGAUGGUCAAGGUCAAAAUAUUGAUGAGAGAGAUUUAUUCCAUGGAACAGAUUCGUUGGAUACAUGCCGUGGUAUUUGUACCAAUAAUUUUGACUUUAGAACCAGUGGUCGCAAUGCUACUGUUUAUGGAGAAGGUUCCUACUUUGCUGUCCGUGCCAGAUUAAGCCAUAGUUAUACAAAAGCAGAUUCCACUACAGAUAUAAGAUUUUUAUUCAGAGCCAAAGUUUUAGUGGGAAAGUUCACACAGGGGAAUCCAUCUCUUCGUCGACCACCAGAAAUUCCAGGACAGAUUCAUAAGCUGUAUGAUUCAUGUGUGGAUAAAGUUGAAGAUCCACAAAUAUUUGUUGUAUUUGAUCGAAACCAGUGUUACCCAGAGUACAUCAUCAUGUACACAGACAAGAAAUCAGUCCAAGUGGAGAAACCCAUGGAACCCGUCCAAGUUGAAAAACCAAUGGAUCAACCCUUAGUGUAUCAACCCAUAGUUCACCUAUCAGUGGAAAAACCCAUGGUUCAACAAUCUAUGAAUCAACCCGUGGUUCAACCUUCAGUGAAUCAACCAUUAGUUUAUCCAGGAAGUGCAGCCUCACUACCAAUGCACAUGGGAGGUCCAUUAGUUUAUCCUCAUCCAGUGGAAAGUUCAACUACUCCCACAAUGCAAAGUUCCAUUGAGAAACCUGCUCCUAGUGCAGGAAAUUCCUCAGCUCAUCUGAAUAAGCAUUCUAAAAAAGAAAAGGAUGAAUGUGUUCUUCAGUAAUUAACACAACAAUGUUAUAUACAUUUGUAUGUCUUACUCAUAUUUAUUUUUAUUUACACUAAGUAUUAUAAAUACAAUGUAUAUAUUUUGUGAAAGGAGUUUGAAAGAGUCAUACCUGCCAACUUUUUAAUUUCCCAUUGAGGAUUUUUCAAAACACAGAAGUACACAACACAUCAUUUAACAUGUGAUGUUAUUGUGGAACAAUCUAAUAAACUAUGGUUUUAGAUGAGUUUCAUCAAUGCUAAUGU